UGCCCCCCCCAGGCGGCCCUGGUUCUGCUGGUCCUGCUGGCCGCAGACGCUGCCUCCCUGCUGGGCCACGCAGGAAGGAGCUCCUCAGGCGGUCCGGCCCUCCAAACCGUCCCCCUGAUGCUGGACCCCAGCAUGUUGGUUCCCAGCCCCCACAUCCGGCCCCUGGAGAGCGCCUCCAUCUCCCCCUGGACCUACAACGUGUCCACUGACUCCUCCCUCCUGACCCCCGUCAUGUCGGAGGCCCACUGCCUGCUCCGGGGCUGCCUGGACCAGGACGGGAAGGAGGACCUGAGCCUGAGGUCCCGGCCCAUCAUGCACCAGGUCCUGGUCCUGAGGCGGGUCAGGCCUGCGGCGGGGGGGCCCAGCUACCACUACCGGCUGGAGUCCCGGAUGGUGUCGGUGGGCUGCACCUGCGUGCGGCCCCUGGUCCAGGGCCCCAGAGGACCCCCAGGGGUCCAGCAGGACCUCCUGGACCCAGCAGGACCUCCUGGACCCCAGCAGGACCUCCUGGACCUCAGCAAGACCCUCUGGACCCAUCAGGACCUCCUGGACCCAUCAGGACCCCCUGGACCCAUCAGGACCUCCUGGUUC